AUGGCAGGUUCGAAAUCCAUCUGGCGUGCCCAGGAACUCGUCACUUACCCGUGUUCUCUGUGCGACAUUAAAGAAAAUGUGAACUGGUUCUGUAAUGACUGUCAGGAGGCUUUAUGUGACCGAUGUAAGGAAUUACAUACACGAGGGAAGAAAACUAAAAACGAUGACGUCGUAACCAUAGGGAAGGCUAACCGUCAGGAUGCCAAACCAGUACCAGAGGCAUGUAAACUACAUCCCGGUAAACUAUGUCACGGGUACUGUUGUGAUUGUGACAUGUUGGUGUGUUCGAUAUGUCUUUCACAAACACAUAAACACCACGACUGGAAACAUAUGGAAGACGAAUUUACAUUGAAAAAACAACAUUUGAAAGAACAUAUGACAACAAUUUAUGCGGAAAUUACACAUUUCAAGAACAAGAAGUCAACGCUACAAAGUGCUAAGAAAGAAAGUUUUGAAAAUAUAGACGGAAUGCGAAAAGAAGCGAACUCUAAGAGGGCGAAGCUGGAGGAUGAAGUAGAUCAUAUCGCAGAUACAACACUGGAGGAGUUGUCGGCCUUGGAGAAAGAACAGUUGGCCCAGUGUGAUGAAGUCUGUCAACAAUUCGAGAAGAAGAUUGAAGAGCUGACGCGUCUUCUUGAAAAGGCGCAAGUGUCGAAUACAUCAAGUGUAUCCAUGUUUGAUCUGGAAAGGUCGUUAAGGUCAUAUCUGCCUCUGGAUGAUGUGAACGUAGGGAAGAUUUUACAAGAACAUCCAAACUUUGUUACAGGAAGUAUUGACCGCCAUCUGUUGAGGAAAAUGUUUGAUGAAUUACUCCUUCCGAACCAGUACAAGAAGAUCGACAUCAACAGUAACCACGUUCAGCGCCUCUCAAAUUUUACUAUUACUCAACAAACGACAAUAUUCGGUUUAUGUCCUGUAGACGAAAAUCAUGCGUGGCUAUCAAUACACGAAUACAAAGGUCUGGUACUGGUAAACAGGGAUGGCGUGGUCACAGAGGAAGUGGAUCUUUACUUCUGUCCGUGCAGAAUCACCGCCAUAGAAACAACCGACGUACUUAUGACCAGUAAUCCACGUAGUACAUCAGUGUAUAAACUAUCACUACACAACAAACAAGUGACAACAUUUGCCGACAUCAGUCCACGUCAAGCUUGGGACAUCAGCAUCAACAAGACAGGCAUGGUCUUUGUUAGUACCGAAACACCAGUCAUAGUGGUACUAAAUCAGACAGGUAUAAUCAUAAGAAAGUUUUCCUGUGGGAAGGAAACACCACGAUAUAUUUCCUGUUUGUCAUCAGGACGUCUGAGUGUGAUGGUGGGUGAUCAUGGGAGUGGAAAUAUAAUCGUAACGUACGAGUUAGGUACAGCCAUACAUAGAUGGUUUGGUGAACUGAACAACGGCGAAAAAACAUGUGAUAUGACUCUACGUAAGCUGUCGCGUGACAGGUUCGACAGACUGUUUAUACCAGACUACAGUAACAAUCAGGUAUAUGUCCUACCGAAUGAUAAGAAACAGGCCAAGUGUCUUCUGGACCAGAAACAUGAAGUGGUUGGACCUACAGUGGUGAGUGUGGAUACGUUUGGACACGUGUGGAUCGGGUGUUGGGACGGUACUGUGCACGUCAUGCGACUGUAA